AUGUACAAGACCAGCUACCUGCACGAGGUGCGCAAGGAGAAGUAUGAGCGUUCAGAUGUCUUUGAAGAGGAACCUAUGGACUCCUCUGCCGGCAUCUCAGCCAUCCAGGGCUGGGAAAACCUUCAGGAGCUCAAUGGCCGCUUCGCCCGGUACAUCAACAGGGCACGAGUCCUGGAGCAGCGCAACGCCGUGUUCCGCAAGCAGCUGGAGACGCUGCAGCGGAUGGAAGAGGCCAGCGGUCUAGAGGAGGCCUUCACAGAGCAGACCGAAGUCAACAGGCAGCGCAUCCGGGAGCUGUCCUCUGACCACACCAAACUGGAGCGAGAGCUGAAAGACGCUUGCCGCACGCUGGAUGAAUUCACCAGCAAAUAUAGAAAUGAAUGUGAUUAUCAAGAACAGCUGCGGGGCACACUGGAACAAUUGAACAAGGAGGCUGACAGUUCUCUGCUGAGAAACCUGGAGUACCAGAUCCAAUCACAGUUCCUGCAGGAUGACAUCAACUCCACCAGAGACAGACACAAGAAGAACCUCGCAGAGAUCCAGACCUACGUAAACAUUUUACAGCAAAUCAACCAGACACUCCCCCUUGCUCCCAAUGUGUCAGUGGGCAUCUCCGAGGAACAGGAGAAGCUGCUGGCCCAGAGGAAAGUGCCGGGGCUGCAGAGUCAGCUGGAGGAAUAUAAGAGCGCCCUCUGUCAGCUGCAGUCCCAGAAACAACGCCUCCAUUCUGAGACUACAGUUUUGGAGCAAACCAUCAAAAACACUCAGGAGAGUUAUGACGAUGAGAUUCAGAUGUACAACGAGCAAAUUGAAUCACUGCGUAAGGAGAUCGAGGAAGCUGAGCGGUCACUGGAGAAGUUCACCAGUGAAUGUCGUCACCUGGCCAUGUACCAGACCUCCCUUGAGAAUGAGCUGGAGAGAUACAAGAGGAUCAUCGAGAAUGAGGAUAACAGGUUGAAUUCAGCGAUAAUUGGCACUCCUAUUACCCUGUUCACCACUAAUUACCGCUACACUCACACACCCACUGCAGCCAGCAGGGGGAGAGAUAUCACCCAGGUUAUCCAAGAUAUCACCAGCAUCAAGCCCCGCCAGAAGAUCCAGGCCAAGAAAGUCCUGAAGAAGAAAGACCUGACCCCGAAAGACGAGAUGGACAUUGGCCAGGAUGAUAGAAAUGGCGGAGCUGCUGGAGCGGCGCCAGAUGAAUAUACAAAGGGAGUCCCAUCCGUGGAAGUGCAGGAGGAGAGGGUAAAGAGAACGGAGAAGAGGCCUGUGUUCACUGGAGUGUCUCCACAGGAUGUCCCAGACGGAGCUCAGAUCAGCAAGGCCUUUGACACUCUGUGUAACAUCGUCAGAGACAGAAUGAGGAAGUACAAGAAGCCCGAGCCAAUCGCUGACUUCUACACCAAGGGCCGCUAUGUCCUCGUAACCGGCGACGGCAGCUACCCAGAUCCAUGCUUCUGCACCUCUACGCCGUCAGCCGGCCACAUCUUUGUUACAAUCAGAGAUGGAAUGAUGCCUCCCUAUGAUCCUUACGCACCAAUCACACCAUCUCCUCAACCUCCACCUCCACCUCAACCUCAACCUCAACCUCAACCUCAACCUCAACCUCAACCUGAACCUCCUCAGCCCAUAGUAGACCCCAAGCCUCCAAAACCCACCCCGCCCUUCAAAGGAGGAGGAGGAAAAGACGAUAAGGGUGGAAAAGGUAAGGACAACGACGGUAAAGGUAAGCAUAAGAACGGAGACCCUCACUCUAAAGAUCCAAGCCCACAGCCGUCACCCUCUGGCCCCAAAGAUCCCACCCCAGCUGCCGAUCAUCCCAAGAAAAGCCAGGAUGACAUUGGGCCCAUUCCAAAACCUGCUCCUCGUGGCGCCAGCUCCAGUUCCAGCACCAGCACCAGCACCACCACCAGCACCAGCACCAGCACCAGCGGCUUUACCCCAGACGCCAUGAGCUACGAGAAGCUGGAGGUGGUGGAGUCUGUGGAGAAGUUCUCCAACGGCCGCAAGGUUAAAGGUUAUGAGGAGACUUCCGUGGUGGUGGAGACCAUGAUCGAGAAGUCCAGCAAGAAGAAGCAUUGAAACCACGUCACCUGACAUGAAGAGUCAGCAAACUCCACCAGUGUCCUACAUGGUUCAGGUCCUCUGAGAAAAAGACAAUUCUGAUCAAUACCACUGUUCCUCUAACUACCGUGAUAAAACCAACACGUUUUGUCUCUGAAGGAACCCAACAGUGCUUAAAGACCAACUACACAUUCCUGAUCUGAUAUCCAAUGCUCUUCCAUUGCUUGCAGUUUCUGGCCUUGUGUCCAGAAUACGUUUUGCUGGUUCCAUAAGUACUGCUGUUGUUGUUCGACUUAACACCCAUACUCAUGCUAUGAGUCCUUUACUGUCUGAAAACUCGGGAGAAUGAAAAAACGGAGCUCCAUGCCACCAAUACAAUUUAAUAAGAAAAUAAAUAAAAACUGAGAAGUUGU